CACUUCAAACCACCUAAGUCCCGCCUCACAGUGUGUUUCUUGCUGGGGACUUGAAGCUAUAAAAUGAAGGAACUUACUAUAACCGGGACGCAUUCUGUAGCUGGAGUUCCCUUUGUGAACUCCUAUACAGACACUAAAGUCAGUCCAAUGCUUUAAUCACCGAGCACAGAGAGAAAUAUCGCUUUCCUCUCACUUCGAAUCUGAAAAGAGUUCACCAAGUCACCGGCCAGAGACAGACAGACAGAGCAGAGCCAUGGCAGGGGACGGGUCAGACCAGCGGGCGCUGCAGUAUGAGCAAACUCUGAUGUAUGGGCGCUACACCCAGGACCUCGGGGUGUUUGCGAAAGAGGAGGCCGCUCGGCUGAGGGAGAGCGGGCAGAGGCGAUCGCUCAGCGACCGAAGCCGGAAUCUGGACCUGUUGGAGUACGACAAGGGGCGCUGUGCCAAGUGUCGCAUCUGCACAGUUCGCUGUCAGAAGUUCCUGAUCUCGCGGGUCGGGGAGGACUGGAUCUUCCUCAUCCUGCUGGGACUCCUCAUGGCCCUGGUCAGCUGGGUGGUGGACUUUUGCAUCGCCAUCUGUCUACAAGCGCAGAAAUGGAUGUACGGUGGUCUGGACAGUAACGUGUUUCUGCAGUAUCUGGCCUGGGUCACCUAUCCUGUUGUCCUCAUCACCUUCUCUGCUGGCUUCACCCAGAUUCUCGCCCCUCAGGCUGUUGGUUCGGGUAUUCCAGAGAUGAAGACCAUCCUGAGAGGAGUUGUGCUAAAGGAAUACCUCACCUUCAAAACUUUUGUGGCCAAAGUCAUCGGGCUCACCUGUGCUCUGGGCAGCGGCAUGCCCCUGGGCAAGGAGGGUCCGUUUGUACACAUUGCCAGUUUGUGUGCUGCUCUCCUCAGCAAGUUCAUGUCUCUGUUUGGAGGAAUCUAUGAGAAUGAGUCGAGAAACAUCGAGAUGCUGGCUGCAGCCUGUGCUGUGGGAGUGGGCUGCUGUUUUGCUGCCCCUAUAGGAGGUGUGUUGUUCAGUAUUGAAGUAACAUCCACGUUCUUUGCGGUGAGGAACUAUUGGAGAGGUUUCUUUGCUGCUACCUUCAGUGCCUUCAUCUUCAGAGUGCUGGCUGUUUGGAACAGAGAUGAGGAGACCAUCACAGCUCUUUUUAAAACACGUUUCCGGCUGGACUUUCCCUUUGACCUCCAGGAGCUUCCUGCCUUUGCCGUCAUUGGUAUUGCCAGUGGAUUUGGUGGGGCUUUGUUUGUCUACCUGAACAGACUGAUUGUCCAGUUCAUCAGGAAACAGAAGGCCAUCAACAGAUUCCUCAUGAAGAAACGUCUGCUGUAUCCUGCACUGGUCACUUUACUUGUUUCCACACUGACGUUUCCUCCUGGCUUUGGACAAUUUAUGGCUGGCAAGCUGACCCAGAAGGAGUCUCUUGUGACUUUACUGGACAACCGGACGUGGGCCAAACAGGGCAUCGCUGAGGAGUUUGACUACAUCGGACACUCUCAAGCCUGGAAACACCCACAGGUCAACGUCUUCGUCACCCUGGUUCUCUUCAUUGUCAUGAAGUUCUGGAUGUCUGCCCUGGCCACCACCAUCCCUGUGCCCUGCGGGGCCUUCAUGCCAGUGUUUGUCAUUGGGGCAGCCUUUGGUCGUCUGGUUGGAGAAAGCAUGGCAGCCUGGUUCCCAGAUGGCAUUCACACAGAUGGCACCAUCUACCCCAUAGUGCCAGGAGGCUACGCUGUCGUCGGUGCAGCGGCCUUGUCGGGAGCGGUCACCCACACGGUUUCCACCGCAGUCAUCGUGUUCGAGCUGACUGGCCAAAUCUCCCACAUCCUGCCGGUGAUGAUAGCAGUGAUCCUGGCCAAUGCCGUGGCCCAGUCCCUGCAACCCUCCCUCUAUGACUCCAUCAUCAGGAUCAAGAAGCUGCCCUACCUCCCAGAGCUGGGUUGGGGACACCAUGAGAAGUAUAACAUUCGAGUGGAGGACAUCAUGGUUCGAGACGUGCGGUACAUCACACUCAACUGCUGCUACAGAGACCUGCACAACGUCCUGAUGACCGGCCACCUGAAGACUCUGGCACUAGUGGAGUCAGCGGAGUCCAUGAUCCUGUUGGGUUCCAUUGAGCGCGCCCAGCUCCAGUCGCUACUUUCCCAGCAGCUCGGUCGCCCCAGGCGGCUAGAGUACAUCCGGGAAAGAGCCAUCGCGGAGAAGAAGCGCCUGUCGGUUGUAUCAAAUCCAGGCAGCGAGGAUGGCGGUCAGCGGGUCAGUCAGGAGGUCCGCUUCCAGAUCUCUACUGAGGAGUCAACUUUCAGUCCUGUUCGUCCAGUUGCUCAAAAGCCCCUCAAACCUGCACUGAAGAGGCCCUCUGUGGUGGAGCGACCCACCGAGAUCCCGACCAGCCCACAUGAUAAUUCAGGCAUUGCUUUGAAGAACCUGUUCUGCGCCAGUCCAGACACAGAAGGCCUGGAGAAAAACAACAACAUGGAGAGCCCCGCUUCUCCUGAACACAGGAGGCCGUCAAAACGAGUCCGGAUAUCCGUCGUGGAACCACCACCCAGCUUAAAGAGUUUCUCUGGGGACGACGGCGAUGUGGAGGAUGACAUGACUAUUAGAGAGAUUGCAGAGUGGGAGGAGAUGCAGCUUGAUGAGCAGGUCAACUUCAACAACUGCAAGAUCGACCCCGCCCCGUUCCAGCUGGUGGAGCGCACAUCGCUGCAUAAGACCCACACCAUCUUCUCCCUGCUGGGCCUCGACCAUGCCUACGUCACCAGCAUCGGGCGCCUCAUUGGUGUGGUUUCUCUGAAAGAGCUUCGCAAGGCCAUUGAGGGCUCUGUGACAGUGAAAGGAGUGAAGGUGCGUCCUCCUCUGGCCAGCUUCCGGGACAGUGGCACCAGCAGCAGCGAGAACGAAGCCACGGAGCUCCACAAGCUGUGGGAUCGCCACAAGAGCAUGUCGCUGCCUCGUGAACAUACCCCCUCUGAGUCAGAUGAGAAAUCCCAGUGAGAGAAAGUAGAGGGGGAGGAGGGAGGAGAAGGAGGAGGAGGCAUUGAGAUCUUUAACCACCCAAAGCCACAAACGUGCAAAAAUCCUCAGGGCUUAGGAUCAAUAUUUAAUUCUGAAAGGAGUUCUCCUGCUACUCCAGCCUCUUCGUAACUCCUCAUUUCUCUCCUCCAGCCACUUUGAUUCAUGGACCCACCAGUGCUAUCCCCAGGGGUCUUGCACUGACCAAGCCAGACACUCCCCAGGUGAGUGGAACACAACUCAACCUGUGCCCUGCUCUCCAUUGACCCUCGGGAACCAACAGCAAAGCGAAAGUGGAUUGGGAGCAGCAAAAAAGACACAUAGUGGUAAAAUUCAACAAGGGACUGGUACUGGGUUUAAACAUUUAAAAGGGAGUUUUGUUUAGCAGUCUUUGCUUAGCUUGUGUAUCUUUAGAGUUGGGAUCAAAGUUUGGACCUGCAAAAGUUUGGAACACGUCUUCCACUUAAGUAGAGAAAUUCAGCAAGAUGACAAGGAAGAAUAAUGUAUGCGUGUAAUGUGUGUGAAAUGAGAUGAUGUGUGUAUGCGUGAAGAUGAGGUAGCAAACGAACUUAUAUUAUUUUUUUUUAUUGCCUUUAGAACACAUUUCUGUCUUCGUUUCUGCUUGAAUGAUUUUAUUCUGAUUGAUCAGGUGGUCUGGGUUUAACUGGAAUUUGCCAUAGUACCAUUUCUUUGUAAGUUGCUCAACAGUUUGUCCCAUUGACAAGUACUGGCCUAAGAGGACAGAUGCCUUAGAUUUUCGUUUUUUUUUUUUUCCUGGUUUCCAUUUUUUGCUCUUUUCCUUUGUCUUCUCAUCUCUUCACUGCAAGUCUUAAUGGUCAGUUUGAGAGUGCAGUCUUUGCAAGCAGACAUGCCUUUUGGCAGCGAUGGAAACACCUGUAGCCCUUUUUAUACAUACACUCCUUUCAUACUGUAGCUGUAGAAACACUCACAAACAAGAUGGCGGAGAUGCACUCAGAGAGUCGAGGUAUUCUGCUUAUCUAAAUAUAGCUCUUAAUAACCGUUCCCGAGAAGGCUGAGGUGGAUGGAGAGGGCAGGAAGCAAGGGAACAAAUGGAUGGCUGAAAGAAUGAAGACAUCAUUACCUAACCAGCUGCUCUGGGCCCUCGCAUCAAUCAGUCUUUGAUUUCCAUUCGAGCUAACCUUCAUUACUAUCAGAGACAGAGUAACCCCCCCACCAGCCAUAUGAUGUAAUGGUCCAGGGCUGAGGCAGACACUGUUGUGGAUAUACACAGCACCAGAUGACAACAUGUGAGCAGCUUGAUUAAUGAAGUCCAGUAGCUUGAGUGAACUGAACCAUGUUCCAGUGAGAUUAACCGACUCAAAAACACUAAAGAAAAUCCAUCACUGACUACUCAAGAGUGGUCAAAGAUGUCAAAUUUACCUCAUUUUAGUCAAAAGUCUGAGUCAGUACUAAAUUAUCACUUCAGUGCAUGUGGUUGACUGAUAAAACUUGGAACCAUUAUCGCUGUAAUGGUGUAAUGUUGUAAUGGUGUCUGAUUCAGAAAGCAGUCCAACAUGACAGAUAAUGUAAAGGUACUCUGUAUUUAAUAAUUUAUAUCUACCAUAAUGCUUGAGGCUUGUCUGUGUGCUCUCUGCUCAUCAACAGAACAACACUGAUUUGUUUUACGUCUUCUUUGUUUUACUAGUUGUUUUAGUUCUCCCCCAUCUCUCCAUCUUUUCUUAUGGUGGUCUACUGACCCAAAAAUACAUCUUCUAAGACACACUCCUUUUUUUGUUUUUAUCUCUUUGUUCUUCCUUUUUUUUCCUUUGGAAAAUUGAUGUCUACUACUAGCUACAGAAUUAGCUCUAUACUGUUUGGAUGCCUUUAAUAUGCACUCAUGCCCAGCUCCAUUGUGGUUUUCAGCAUUUGGUGCCUUGCAUGGAUUUUAUUUUGACAUCUUGUCUUGCUGCACGCCAUUCAAAGCAAAAUACAAACACUAAAACAACAUGGCUUUUGCAUGGCAGAGUGCAUGGAGAGAUUUGUGUUAUUUGAUCAAAAUGUACCAAAAGCAAAAGCUUGACAAACAUGAAUAUGGGACAAGUGAAUGAUGUUGUGUCUCAGUAUGUUUGCCACCUGAUGCCUGAAUGUUAUGUGUCUUUACAGUGUGUUGUUUUAUACUUCUAGUGUCAGAUUAUCUCACUAUGAUUGCCAUCGUCAAUUCACCCAAUGAGCUUUAUACAAUGCCUGAUUUUGAACUGGGGAUGGGGUUAGCGAAGUUAUGCUUAAAGAUUAAUAUAUUUAACAUCACUCCUGUAAUAUAAAAAUCAUAAUUUAAUGUCCUAACCAAUCUUAAAUUGUUGAUUGUUUAUUAUUAUUGUAUGAUACUUGUGGUAUUUUUUUCACAUUUGAUGAUUUUACAGUUUGAUUUUAAUGCUGUUUUUUAUGUUUCUUUUUUAAGCAGUCUGAUAGAUUCCUACUAGGACAUUUAUUUUGAAAGCAUAGAUAACACUAAUGGGGUGAAGGCUUGUGAAGGCUGACACGAAAACAGAUGAAGCUUGGGGAAAUUAAUGUUGAAGCGACCUGCAUGUGGUCUGUUGGUGGCAUGUUCAUUCCACAAGUGCCUGCAUCGACUCCUCUCCUUUAUCAAUAAGCAAUCGACACCGAAGUGUUCGGAUCUGGUUUUCUAGUCAUGUGCAUGUAGACGAGGCACUUUUCACACAUAUAUGUAAGUGGGGUGGAUGAUGUGUCAGCGCUGUGUGCAAUUAUCACCAUGGCAACCUGUCAUUGUCGUCGUAACAACUCUCCCACCCCCGUCUGCUCGCCCCAGGGGCUGACUGAGAUCCACUUGUCUGAUUUGGUUCUGUUCAUUUGUUUGUACUUUUCAUCGAUUUUCAUUUUUCUGCCUUCUGCCAGAGCCUUCCCCUCCACCGACAUUUCAGAACUUUUCAUCUCAUUUGCUACCAGACAGAUAUAGACUGAGGCAGAUGCAUAUUUAUUAGUCUUUAUUAAUCAAAGUAGAAGUUGUAAAAUGUUUUCUUUCUCAUUCUUUUUACGAAUGAUCUACUUGUAGGAAAUCAAUUUGUGCAAUAAUGGUUGUUCAUCUCACUUUGUAACCCAGUUUUAAUUGAUGACAAGAAUGCAAGAUAACCUUAUUUUUGUAAAGAAACCUGAAAAGUGUAAAAAGAUGUAUGUAUAUGAGAAGAACUGACACUCACACAGGAGCUUGUGUGGAACAAAAAGUGAUGUAUGAAUGACAGCUUAAGGGGGAAGGUUUCCCAAAAGUCUCAACAAAAGCUAUCACAGCCUCACUAGAAACGGCAUUAAGGUAUUUAACUGUACUGUUGGCACCUUUCAGGCAUUGUUUAGCUUUUGUUCAAGAACAAAAAUAGCUUAAAAUCCUCAUUUUGGCUUUGGGAAACCUUCCCUGUCUGGUUCUAAAAGGCUCUGUGGUGAAUUCGGCUGCAUGGACUGUAGCUGGCGCUCUCACACAACCCCCACCUGCCCACCCCACCCCCACCUGCCUUAAGCACUGAUACUGAGGCAGUUUUAUCAUGCUCCUCUCUAUCCUUUCCUUCAGUCUGAGGAGCUUUGAUAAGACUAGAUCCUCGCAUCAGCUUUUGAGGGUUAUCUUUUAUCCACUCCUUAGGGCUCUCAGAGACUGUACAUAUUGGAGGUUCAAACCACCCAGAGCCGAACAAAAUCCAGAGCUAUUUUUCACACAGAUAAAUGAAACAUUGUUUUGUAUAUCAGGGAUGAAUAAAUGAGAUUUUAACAAAC